GACGACUAUGCAGUGUUUCGUUUGGAAAUAACUCAAAGCCAGAAAGAAAACAGGRCAUUGCGGAGGAAACUACAGYUACUGGAACUGAGGGUAGCACGGGAGCGCGUCCUCGCCAGUCGUCCCAGUAGUGUCAAGAUCCUCGACCGACACAGAGGAAUGGCAAGAGGUGAAGGACAUCUCGCUGGAGGCCACAGGAGCUUUGUAAAGCCAGCAGGACGCAAUACACGGAGAGAUGACCAACCAAUCACUGUUGAUGAGGGGAGUGGAACCUCAACCCAUCAUGUUAUUGUGAUAGAGUCUACAGAUGCAGAGGAUGCAGGGCCUGGGGUCAAGCUGGAGAGGUCUGAAGGAGAGGACCCAGGGCAAAGCACAGACAUCCAGACUGGAGCAGCGGCUGGAGUGGUGCCCCCUGUAGCCACGGAGGACCCCACCACGCCGCCCAGAACCCGACGCAGCAUCACGGACGUCAGUGGAACGCCGAAUGCUGUCCUCAAGUCCGUGACAGACGCUGAGACCUCAACUGUAGCACACAGGCUUUUACACACAGGAUCUGACGACAGAUCUGAUCCAGAGAGACUGGGGCCACUGGGCUGUCCUCCUGCUCCUGGCACAGAGUAUUUACCGGUAUUUCACCAGAGCCAGAAGAUGGUUAAUUCCUGUGGAAAUACUGAUGGUGAUGCGUUAGACUCUGGGGGUGAUGAUCUGUCUUGUUUUUACACUACAGAGAUGGACUCUGGCAACAUAUCCUUGGGUUUAGAGACACCGACUGAUCUGUCAAGAGGGGACUGGAACCAGUACAAUAGUAGUGUAUACUCUGAAGGGUGCCUAGAUAAGAAAGGCGAGGUUAUAGCGGUAGAUGACGUGACUGUGAAAGUGGAGGGCGACACUCCUCUUACAUGGAAUGCAGAUGAGACUCACUUAGGAGAAGGACACUCACAAGAUUUCUUAGAUUACAGGGAAAGCUUAGAGACAAAUCCAAAUGUCUCGAGCCACUCCCCUGUACAGACGCUCAGGGAUCGUGCCCCAGUGUCCACAACGAAGGGGCCUUCCGAUUCACACGGCCGCGUCUUUUUCGAUCAGAUAUUGAACUCAAACGACAGGGCUAGAGCCCAUGCUCAGAGAGGGGGAGCCACAUCAGGCAAUAAUAAAGAGAAACGGUUCCUCUGCAUGUUCUGUAACAAAGGCUUCAGCUGCCUCCAGAAAGUGGAGAUCCACCAGAGGGUCCACACAGGGGUGAAACCCUUCAGCUGUACCCAGUGUGAUAUGCGCUUCGCUGAGGCUGGCAGCCUGAAGAGGCACCAGAGGGUCCACACAGGGGAGAAACCCUACAGCUGCCCCCAGUGUCACAUGCGCUUCACCCAGGCUGGCAGCCUGAAGAGGCACCUGAAGGUCCACGUGGGAGAAAGGCUGUUCGUCUGAGGUUCUCAGAGAGRAGCUACCUCAGGAUACCCCAGCAGAAAAACUAAAAAUCCUUCUUUAACCUGUCUCCUCCUCUCCAUCUACAAUGAUUGAAGUGGGGUUAACAGGUGACAUCAAUA